ACGAAGAAAAGACAACAAAUAUUUGCAUGUGCAAUACAGCAAACAUAAAUAGCACUUCGAAAACCACUGAGCCACCGGGAAAAUGGCUGCGGCCGGAAACAACGUUCGCUGCAUUAACUACUACGACCUGUGCCGCAUCUGCACGGACAGCAGCGAUCACAAGACGAACAUCUACUCACCCGAGGGACGCGCCAAGAAUCUAAGCAACAAGAUCCUCGAGUGUCUCUCACUGCAGAUCGAUGAAAAGGAUCGCUUGCCCAAGGUGGUGUGCGCCCAGUGCGUGCAGUUGGUGGAGCAGAUUCACGGGCUUCGCGCCACUUGCCGUAACUCACAGACCAUGCUGAACAACUGUCUCAAUAUCCGCCCGGCGCCGAGCAGUGACAAGCUAUACAUUCGGGAUGCGGUCGAUGAAACUGGGAAAAGCCUUAGUGUGGCUCAGGCAGCUCCAGCAGUUGGUAAUGGAGCUCAGCAGUCCGGAAAUCUCUUGAACAGCAUCAUCCAGGCGGUAAACCUGCAGCCCCAGCAGCAGUACACGAUUACGAUGGACAACGGAGUACAGCAGCAGCAGCAGCAUCAAUCUAUGCCGGAAGUUCAAAUAAAAAGCGAAAGACAGACUGCUUUGGAAGAGUUUAUACGCCUCAAGCCAGACAUCAAGAUAACGCCGCUGGGGAAGAAGGAGCCCAUUUCACCUGCCAAGCCCCAGCUGCAACAUUCUCUGCAGUCGCAGACGGUAACACCCACAGUGAACCCUACUCAGUUGCAGUUACAGCCCCAGCUAGGCGAGCAACUGCAGCCUCUGUGGCAGCAGCUUCAACAAAUUCAGCUUCAGCAGCAGCUACAGCAACUGACCAACCAGCUGCAGGCUACCACUCAGUACUCUGUCGCCCAGGAUGAUGCCUCUGGCUCUGGCGACAGCAAAAAGCCAAAGUUGAACUUUGUGCUCUCUUCGCCCACAACGCCCCAGUUCACCACAUCGAUUCCGCAAUUCGGUGGCAGUCAGCCGCAAAUACAGCUGCAGUUGAUGCCUGGUGGCGGUGGAGUGGCAACUGCAGGGGCAGUUCCUGCCCAGACGCAGUUAAAUGCUGCUGCCCUACUCUCAAGUCUGGCGGGUCCCCAGUCUACUAACAACCUGCUAUCACCAAACAAGUGCUUUCUCCCCAUCACAAUUCGGGACGAGAAUUCGGACCAGCAGAUCGUGGCGCACAUAGACACCAAGAACCUAGUGCUGCCCACAACAUACCAAGUACAGAUGAAACUUCAGCCUCAGCUGGCCACUGCCGAUGGCCAGCCAAUUAUGCAGCUGACACCAACAUCCAUUCCGGCUACUCUGCAAUUGACACCGCAGACGCUGGGUAAUGCGGGAAGCAACUUCCAGGGCACGACUGUGACGCAAAACCAAUUUCUGGCGCCGCAGCCACCGCCCCCUCAGCAGAUUCAACAGCAACAACAGCUUACCCAACUGCCAAAUACGGCGCAAGUGACCUCUCAGCAAAUCAUUAGAUCUCCACAUGCAAGCACCAACAAUUCACAGUUGGUGAUAAGAAAUGUGACCAAUAUUCCAACCACUCCCACCACGCCUACUAGUAGCAAGGACGCCCCAACCUUUAAGACACCUUCACCAAAGCAAAAACAGAUGCCAUCGCCGAAGAGCAAAACUAAUGUGGCCUCGCCCUCAGGUGGUAGCAGUGGUUUGUCCACCAACGAAUUCAAGCGAUUGACGACCCAGGCAAAGCCACAACUGCAGGUGAAACAACCGCAGAGCACAGGACUCUCUGUUUCAGGCGCCCCGACAGCGACAUCGGCCAAUCAGGCUGCCAUGCAGCGGCUCUCCUCGAAUACAACGAUCACCAAGGUGCCCAAACAGCCUGCUACGUUGCCAGCACCACCUCAGACAUCCAACCCCGCGAAACUGCCCAUGCUGAACAAACAGAAUAUUACAAUCAGUCGAAUCUCAAUGCAAACCGCGCCAAAGCCACAAAGUAAACCUUCUACUGCAGCGCCAGCUUCUGCUUCACAGCCGAUUCCUUUGUCCGUUCCCGCCCUAAGCCAAGCACAACCACCUCCCUUGGCGGCGCAGCACAAGAAGAUCGUACGCAAGCCUCCUGAGAACCAGGAGACUUUAGCGCAGAAAGUUAAAGCAGCGCGACCACCGCAGCAGAUUCUUCCUUCUCCACAGCAGGAAGGACAGAACGCGACCACCUCUGCAAACGAAGCGUUGUUGGCGCCCACAACUUCUGGCCUUAUAUGCCCUACCUGCAAACGCGAAUUUAAGAAGAAAGAACACCUCACCCAGCAUGUUAAGCUGCACGCGGGGCUGCGACCCUUUAAGUGUUCGGAAGAGGGUUGCGACAAGACCUUCAGCCGCAAAGAACACCUGUCCCGGCACUUGAUAUCCCAUUCUGGACAAAAGAUGUACACGUGCGAGGUGUGCAAAAAGCCCUUCUCGCGAAAGGAUAACCUCAACAAGCAUAAGCGAAUACACACGCAAACGGCAACCGAAACGCUUUACUGCUGCGAUGUUUGUAAUAAAAACUUCGCAACCAAGUUGCACUAUGAGAAGCAUCGGGAGAUGCAUAAGAAAACUCGACCGGAAAGCACGGCUCCGGGUGCAACAGUCCCGCCAGCGGCAGCACCUGCGAUAACUCAAGUCCGUAGCAAUGGUCAGGUCCCUAAUAAGGCGGUUUUCGAAAUCAAACAACAACGGUCUGUUCAGCAGCCCCAGCAGUCGCAACCACAGCAGCAGCCGGCGCAGGUAAUGCAUGUUGUGACUACUCAGGAUCUGGCCGGAAACACAAUUACGAUCACACAAGCUCCCGACUCCAAUAUGCCCGCAUCUCUGACUAAUUACGUGCAGCUGGGCUUUUCUCAGUUCCAGAAUCCCAGCGCACCAGCCGCAAAGUAAUUAGAA